CUGGCUUGCUGAAUAACAUCGCGAUGCUUUCCAUUUUUAUAUUUCAAAUCAUUUUUGAAUUGUAAGUUUGUCUCGAUUUGUCUCGAUUUUAUGAUCUGCAGUAUAAGAAUAGUUGCAAAUAUUUGUACUUCACAUGCUGCCCGUUAUGAAAUGGAAUUUUCCUGCAUGUUAAUAGCGCUUAAGUUAAGUCGGUGCCAUGUUUCUUUUACAUUAAUUUUGCCCAACGUACACGUAUGUCUUUAUUUCAAGGGAUAUCAGGUUCGCCUAUCGACUACAGAGACUUCGUCGAAUAUCCCGACUAUGGUGGCCAAGACAUUACUAAUGAGAACAGUAUGUUCCCCCAAAAAUACAAAUACCCACCCGAAGAUCCAGAUCGGUUUUUGCAAUAUUCAAAGUUCCCUUUUGGAUUGAAGAAGUUUACGCCGAUCGCUCGUGAACCUGUGGCCAUGCCACAAGGCCGUGUUUCCAAAGAUAUGGACGAUAUCCGCAACGCCUACAACGAGUUAGAGGUGCUUAGAAAGAGGCAACAAAUACUAAGGGCGGUUGUCAAGAGGUGCAAUACAAAAAACAUCGACAUGUGCUGAUUCAUCAAACAAAGAGAUGUGAAUAUCUAUGUCUGUUACUGCCAAAAGAGACUUAUUUAAUAUUAAGAACUCUUUCUAGAACUUGGAGAACCCCAGGUUGAGAAUUUGCGAUAUUGGAGAACUUAGGAUACAUCCUUACAUCGCACAAUACUUCACGUAGAUUUGCAAUUAGCACAGAAAAUGACCUAUGAAUUUAUGCGAGGCAGUUGAUAUACCUGUGGAAUAACUGGAAUAGUAUACUAUGUAUUCGUUUUGCUGAUUAACGUUGGUCUAUUUGAACUUUUUUAGUAAGCCGAUCGAGGCGAAAGGCAGUUUACGUCCGGGGUACUAAACCAAGUGUGCAAUGAACGCAACACGCAAAACAUGUUAUUGCAUAAACUCUUGGUACAAAAUAAUGACGACUUAUAACGAUCAAAGCACGUGCGACGGCGACGUAGUAAAGUGAACCCGUCUGCUCUCUCCGUGGAAAACAUUAAUACCCCAAAACGUGACGUAGCUGACUGAUUGACAAUUAUUGCUCACGCAAGCUUAUAGUUUAGUUUCUAUCUUCGCGAACUUUGCAAAUUUUG